AUGGAUCCGAUGAUAGUGGAUGGCAACUCCUCUCAACGGAGGCGUAAUCCACUGACGGAUGCCUCCAGCCGUGUGAAUCACUCCAAGUCACCCAAUGCGGAGACACCCCACCUGCUGAUCGAAGAGUCCGAAAUCAAAACACCCGACAGAAUGUCCUACCUGAUGACACCAACUCCCAAGAAAACCCAAGAGAACGAUAGGCUCUCCGUGGCUACUGAUUUCCAAUCCGAUUCGGCGCGAAACUCCAUCAUGUCGGCGGCGUCACUUAUGUCUAACAAGGGGAAGAGAAAAACACAUGUCGGUCCUUGGCAACUGGGACGCACAUUGGGUAAGGGUGCUACGGGUAGGGUCAGACUGGCCAAGCAUGCUGUCACGGGGAACACUGCCGCCAUCAAGAUCGUUUCCAAGAAGUCGGCUGCGAUGGUACAGAGCGAGAGUAUUGCGGCAAUGGACCGAAAUGCAGGAAACUUUGCGAGCAAAACAGCCACCAGGCAGAUGCCAUGUGGGAUUGAGCGUGAAGUGGUCAUCAUGAAGCUGAUCGAGCAUCCAAAUGUCAUCAGUCUCUAUGACGUCUGGGAAAACCGCGGAGAGCUAUAUUUGGUUCUUGAAUACGUCGAGGGAGGAGAAUUAUUCGAUUACGUCUCAAACCAUGGUCCUCUGCAAGAAGAAGAGGCUGUGAGGCUGUUCCGACAGAUCAUCGCAGCACUUGGAUAUUGCCAUCGCUUCAACAUUUGCCAUCGCGACCUGAAGCCGGAGAACAUUUUGCUCGACUCCAAUCAUAACGUAAAGCUGGCUGAUUUUGGUAUGGCGGCUCUGCAGCCCGCUGGCCAUUGGCUGAACACCUCUUGUGGGAGUCCGCAUUAUGCAGCUCCAGAGAUCAUUUAUGGAAAGAAGUACCGCGGUGACCGGGCUGAUAUGUGGAGCUGCGGUAUCAUCCUUUAUGCAUUGCUGACUGGAUAUCUGCCAUUUGAUGGCGGGAAUCUUGCGGAAACGCUCCGACUUGUGAAGAAGGGCGACUACAUGAUACCGGCAAACCUGAGUGACGAGUCGGCUGACCUUAUCCAGCGCAUUUUGCAGAAAAGACCAGAGGAUCGAAUCUCCAUGCAGAAUAUCUGGAUGCAUCCGCUGUUCACCAAAUACGAGAAGCUUCACAACGCAAUGAUUGAUCACUACGUUGGUCCUCCACCCCCGUUAUCUGUUCAGGACUGUGGUCCGGGUUUGUCUUGCUACCAAGACAUUGACAUUGACAUCCUUCGCAACCUCCAAACGUUGUGGCAUGAUGUAAAACCAAAUGAUUUGGUCCAAAGGCUAUUGUGCAUCGAACCUACCCACGAGAGAAUGUUCUACAAUGCGCUGGCACGAUUCCGCGACGAGCAGCUCGAGAACUAUCAAGGACAGCCCCUUGAGUACUCGGCCAGCGAUUACCACCAUAUCUCUCGCCCCGGUAGAGUUCGUCGUGGACGUAGCCAGUCUGGCCAGGGCAGCUCCAAGAGGCGUGCUCAGUAUUCCUCAAGUAAAGAUUUGUGCCAUCGUUCAAGUUCAAUCAAGGAACCAAUGUCUUGCGGAACCGUGGAGAGCUAUGAUCCUUACAGGUCGCCAAAGCAUGAUAAACUCGCGCAGACGCAUUACGCUCAGAUCACGAUUCACAGGGAAGGCCCUAAUAAUAUUGACCUCAUGUCCUCACCAAGGGUUCAGCCUCCACCCUCCAUUGUCGAGGAAGAAGAACCGGAGGAGGAGGAAGAAGAAGAUUCUACUGACUCGCAAUUUACUGUGCUACAGAAGAGAAAACACAAGCCCAGUUCUAUGAAGUCAUUCCACUCUUCUCGCAUGCCUCACUCCAGCUCACGAGCUCCUGGAUUGUCCACACAUAGUAUGAGCUAUCGUCGGAAUGUUUCCUUCCACCACGCCCGGAACAGAUCCCAGGGAUCUACCACAGCGAAACCAAAGCGGAGAAAGACCGCCACCCCGAACCAGCAGACAGAGAUCAAGCGAUCGCCUAGCACAUGCAGUUUGCAAAUCCUCGCAGAAUGCAGCAAUCCCCAGGACAUCCCGAGCAGCCCGCCCUUGCCAGCACAACCGAUGGUUGUCCGCGCAAACAACCCAAGGGUACGGAGCUUGCAGCAUAUGCGGAAGGUUCGUGACUCGGACUAUACUUGGAAGGAGGACACCCGUCAGGUCUCCCAUGAACUCAGCCAGAUCUGCGAAGAAGCGUUCAAUGGCAGCUCUGUGUCGACUAUUCGCACUGCAAGCGUUGGAUCUGGGUAUGAAACACCAGGAACACCACUCUCCAUGGCAAGUCCACAGCAAGUUCAACCUACUGCCAUCCCUCCCGCGCCGAAACCUCUCAAGGAGGCCUCGCGGUCCUACGAUAUUCGAGAGCUUACCGAGACACGACGGAAGCUUGUUGAGCAUAGCCGUGGACGGACCGAUAACAUUCCCCACUACUUGUCUGGGGUUAUCAGUCAUCUCGAUCGGUUGAUCGACGAGCACAAAGCUGUGAAUGGCACACAUAGCGAUGUCAAUGUGACCGCUUACAACGAUCCUUUCAUCACCACGCCAGCUGAAGAGCUUUUGCCCGUCAUCGAUGAAGAGACUGUCAGCCCAUCCCUCUCAUCGCGUUCCACCAUUGUCCCGCCUCAAACCCAGCCGCGGCCCUCGCUCGCUGUUUCUCAGGGCGCGGAUCCAAGGGCCACAAUUCGAAUGGUGCCUCAUAGUUCCUUCCGCUCUAUGGAAGAAGUCAAGCCCCUCACCAUUCGCAAGAAGAAAAGUGGCAAGCCCUUGUCCAAUCUUCAAGACUGUACACCUGUUGAUUCCGAGCCCACUGACCGAGAUGUCUCCUAUGGAGUGGGACGGUCUGCCUCCAAUGGUCUAGCACCAAUUGACGAAAGACCGGCGUCUCCAAAGAAAUACUCUUCUACAGGAUCGCAGGGCAAGAAGUGGUCUUGGUUCAAGCAUCGCUCGAAUGGUUCAGAAACACCUCCAACUCCCCCCAUCAAAGCCAAAUCCCCUACCAUUUCCGCCCCUGUCCCUGCCCCUGUUCCCGCCGGGGAUACCGUCGUGAACAAACCCAUCACCCUAGUCUCCAACUCUCCCCCUCCACCUGCGAAGAAUGAGCGGGUUCCAACACGAAAGACUUCAAUGGACCGGUUUGGUGGCAGUUUCUUGAAGAAACUCAUGAAGAAGCCGAGCAAGAACGCACAGCAACCUGCUGCUGAACCAGAGCCUGAGCUUCAGGCAACACCAACGAAAGACAACCGUCAUUCGCUCAUGUGCAAGGGUGUGGCAGACACCGACAGUUCAAUUGAAGCCGACGACCCUCGCAAUCCAUUCCGCAACAAGCGUCGUUCGAUAGCCAACCAGAACUGGUUCGCCCGUGUUUUCCAAAUUAAGCCUGCUACUCAGGUGAUUCCCCUGAACAUCUCUAAAGCCAAGGGCCGCAAGGAGCUAUUCAAGCUUCUUCGCGAGUGGCGAGACUUUGGCAUGGAAGAUGUUUACAUGGACAAGACUAACAGCAUCGUCCAUGGACGCGUCGGCGAAGCCAACUUCCUUCAACUACGGGAGGUCGAGUUCACCGCUGAAUUCUACACUGUCCUCGAGCAUGGCCGCCAAGCAAACCUCAGCUUAGUCCGCUUCAAGCAAGAGCGUGGUGCCGCCUCGUCUUUCAACAAGGUUGUCGAAACAGUACACAAUACCCUCCAACGCCGCGGAAUUGUGGUCGAGGACCCCACAAGGGCCAAGAAGAUGUCUCGGGUCCUUGACUCGGUUCCCAAGCGCAAAUAA